UAGCAUGUUUCUACGGCAGUGCUAAGAAAAAUAGUUGCAAUCUGCAAGUCUGCAAAAGAUUCACGAUGAACAACAUUAACAACAUACACUACGGUCCACUGCCAGCCGAUUCUCCUUACGUGAAACCAUUCCGCUUCCAUUACACACAAAAUGGGAAGCAAAAGUCGUGGGAUCUGCUGAAAGUGCACGAUUCGGUUUCGAUCGUCAUUUUCAACGUAACGCGAAAGAAGCUGGUUUUCGUGAAACAAUUCCGGCCUGCCGUUUACCAUGGCAUCAUCAGUGGGGAUGGAGUACAACCGGGUGACAUCGAUAUGGUAAAGUAUCCACCGGAAAUUGCCGUCACAAUGGAACUGUGCGCGGGGAUCAUCGACAAACCGAUAUCCAUCGUCGAGAUAGCGCGCGAGGAAAUCUUAGAAGAAUGCGGCUAUGAUAUUCCGGCCAAUCGGAUCGAACAAAUCAUUCGCUAUCGUUCCGGCGUCGGAACAUCCGGCGCUGAGCAAACGUUGUUCUACGCGGAAGUGACCGAUGCGGAUAAGGUCCCAUCGGCCGGCGGUGGUGUUGACGAUGAAAUAAUCGAUGUUGUCGAGUACGAUGUGGAGGAAGCACGCAAGUUGACAGAAAAGGGCACGGUCAUUUCGAGCCCGCCAUCGUUUCUGUUCGGAUUGCUCUGGUUUCUGGUGAACCGGGCACCGAAGAACUAAACUACUGUGAUAGUGGCACCGCAGCGAAAGGGCGCGAUAG